CGGCCGGCGCUGGGGGUUGCUGGGCGCCUCUGCGGUGCGUCGCGACGACUCCAGGACGCCCUGCGCGCUGCGAUGCCGUCGUGCGCGCGUCUCCAGGCGGUGCUGGCGCUGCUCUGGCUCGGGGGUGGGCGCGCCGCCGCCCUGGAUGACGUCAGCCUGCGCCUGCCCGAGGUGGUGGCGGCGGGCGAGGCAGUCACCAUGUCCUGCGACUACUCCCUGCGCGAGCACGAGGCGCUCUACUCCAUCCGCUGGUACCGCGACAACGCCGAGUUCUACCGCUACGUGCCCAAGGAGUCGCCGCCCACGCGCGUCUUCCACCUGCGCGGCGUGCGCGUCGACGUGGCGCGCUCCGACGAGCGGCGGGUGACUCUGCUCGACGUGGGCGCCAUCUUGUCCGGCUACUACAAGUGCGAGGUGUCGGCCGACGCGCCCAGCUUCCGCACCGAGAUCAAGUCCGCCUACAUGACCGUGGCGGAGCUGCCCGCCGCGGACCCGGAGGUGGCCGUCGACGGCCCCCGCUACUCGGCCGGGGACACGGUGCGGGCCAACUGCACCUCGGCGCCCUCCUUCCCCGCCGCCAACCUCACCUGGUUCGUCAACGGCCACCGGGUGCCCGAGUCAAUGACGCUGGUGACCUCGGAGCCGGGCAGCGCGCUGGAGACGACGCGCUCCUCGCUGGAGCUGGAGGUGGCGGAGGCGCCGCGCCUGCGGCUGUGGUGCGUCGCGACCUUGUUCCACCUGUACCGCCGCGCCAGCCGGGAGCUGGAGCUGGUGCGCGAGGCGUCCCCGCGGCUGUCUCCCGUGCUGGGGCCGGCUGCCUCGGAUUCCUGCUGUGGAAUGAAGCACACGUGGCUACUGAUAGUGGCCUGGUGGAGCAUAAUAUUCCUGGUGGACGCCAGGUAGCAGGGUUGGUCGGAACAGAGAUUGAAGUCCCACUCGUCGGCGAGAGAGUGCUCUGCGUUGUAAUCCCAAGCGAGGCUGUUUAUGGACUAGGAGCGUUGUUGGCCGCUGACUGCUUCAUCCCGGACGUGCCAGCCAGUCCUGUCAACGAAACGAACAGAAACUGUGCACGCACACAAACACUCGCGCGAGAAAAAAAAGUCACAUGGCAUGUAUUUUGGCAGAAUUAAAGAUUUAUAGUAACCCGAAA